AUGGCAGAAAGCUCGGACACUGCGCUGCUCCUGGAGUCCUUUAAGAAGUUCGCCAUCCACGGAGACACCAAGGCGACCGGGAAGGAGAUGAACGGGAAAAACUGGGCCAAACUGUGCAAAGACUGCAAGGUCAUCGACGGAAAGAACGUGACCGGCACGGACGUGGACAUCGUCUUCACCAAAGUCAAGGCAAAGUCGGCGCGGGUCAUCAGUUACGAGGAGUUCCAGAAGGCCCUGGAGGAGCUGGCGCCGAAGAGGUUCAAAGGUCAAAGUAAAGAGGAGGCGCUGCAGUCCAUCCACAAGCUGAUCGAGGGCAAAGAGCCCACCAACGUUGGCAUAACGAAAGUAGCCAAAACCGGUGCUGUGGACAGACUGACGGACACGUCAAAGUACACGGGGUCCCACAAAGAGCGCUUCGACGACAGCGGGAAGGGGAAAGGAAAGGGCGGGCGGGAGGAGCUAGUGGAGAACACCGGCUACGUGUCCGCGUACAAGGAAGCAGGCACGUACGACGAGAAGGCCAAAACGAAGUAAGGCUCGCCCCGGCCCCGGGCCGCAACGAGCUCCCUCUCCGGCACGCAUCGUUUCUAAGUACAGCCCGACUCUACCUGCCAGCGCCUGGGACUCCGGGGGAAAAGCUAACCCUUCGACCCAUGUCAGGUUUGUCUGGCUGAUAGGUCUCUUUGUAUUAAUUAAUCACGACGAUCUCUUAACUAGCUAGGAAUGCCUAAAAAGAACAAGCAGCAUCAAGUAGGACACUAGAGUCAUUCGCCUAAUAACGGUCACCAUUGAACGUAUGCUUUCUUGCUAUAAAUGUUAAAUAUAAUUAUUAAUGCAGACAGUAUACCUCAUUCAUUCACAUUUUUUCUCUGAUUGCGCCAGCCCUGAAUUGCAACUGGAAGUUAAUCCGCACAUUUGAGUUCUGUUGAUACAGUAGCACAGCGCGCUGUCAAUGAUUGUAGCAGAACUCUUAGCUUUCAUUAUAAAAAUGGAAAUAUUAUGAUCAUUCCCUGAAUAUUAUAAUCAGCCAUGUAACCGAUGACCCCAGGGACCUCUCAUUGAUUUAGCGCCCAUUAAAGAUGAUGUAAUUUAAUUUUGCAUUCAAAAGUUUACAAACUUAGAGAAUAUAUCAGAGAUUAGUAUAUUUUUGUUUUGCUCUAUUGGAAUGCUCUCGGUCUCGUGUACAUUUCAGAAUGGCUGCUUCUUUCGGUUUCGUGUUCUCUCUCAAUUUGCAUUGUAGUGGCGAUUGAAGCUAAAAAAAUAAAUAAAUAAACUGGACUAAAAUGUAUUUACACUGAAGUUGUCAAAGUAAUAAAGCAGUAUUACACCUAAUAAUGUCAUUUGAACAAAUUA